AUGGCAUCCUCCUCGUCCAACGUCGUGGGAGUACAUUACCGAGUAGGAAAGAAAAUUGGUGAGGGUUCGUUUGGUGUGAUUUUUGAGGGUACAAACUUGUUGAACAGCCAACAAGUCGCUAUUAAGUUUGAACCUCGCAAAAGUGAUGCUCCUCAGCUUCGCGAUGAAUAUCGAACAUACAAAAUACUUGUCGGGUGCCCCGGUAUACCCAAUGUUUACUAUUUCGGGCAGGAAGGUCUUCACAAUAUCUUGGUGAUUGAUCUUCUAGGACCCAGUCUUGAGGAUCUUUUUGACCAUUGCAAUCGCCGAUUCUCUAUCAAGACCGUUGUCAUGGUUGCCAAGCAGAUGCUCUCCCGCGUUCAAACUAUACAUGAAAAGAACUUGAUCUACCGAGAUAUCAAACCCGAUAACUUCCUUAUUGGACGUCCCGGAACUAAAGCAGCUAAUGUUAUCCACGUUGUUGAUUUCGGCAUGGCUAAACAAUACCGUGACCCAAAGACUAAGCAACACAUUCCCUAUCGCGAGAGGAAGUCAUUGUCAGGUACUGCUCGUUAUAUGAGUAUCAACACCCAUUUAGGGCGCGAACAAUCCCGACGAGAUGAUUUGGAGGCACUUGGUCAUGUCUUUAUGUACUUCUUGAGGGGAGGUCUUCCCUGGCAGGGAUUGAAGGCUGCGACAAAUAAGCAGAAGUACGAGAAGAUUGGUGAGAAGAAGCAGACCACUGCUGUAAAGGAUUUGUGUGAAGGCUAUCCAGAGGAAUUCAAUAAAUACCUUACCUACGUUCGCAACCUCGGUUUCGAAGACACUCCCGACUACGACUACCUUCGUGAUCUCUUCACACAAGCUCUUAAAAAUACAGGAGAAGUUGAGGAUGGCGAAUACGAUUGGAUGAAAUUGAACAACGGAAGAGGAUGGGAAUACAAACCUUACGCAUCACAGCAUCACCCCCAUGGCACUGCCCAAAUGCAAAACACCUCUGCUCGUGAUCUCCACAGCACGCAAGCCCGUCAGCCAUCAAGGCCUGGUAUCACUGCUGAUCGUUUAAACGCCGCGCAGCCCCCUCCUCCGUCUCCAGCAAAGCCAGGAGCUGGCAAGACACGCGACCGACAAAGCGCCUCAGGCGGUCUUCAGGGAAAGAGACAGAGCGCUCUAGGCCAAGAAAUCUCGACACCAACAGCGUCCACUCAGGCUCAAUUCCAGAACUCCAACGCCAAUCUCCCCGGUCGUAUCGCCACACCGAAUCAAGGAACAACGAGCGCACAACAAAUGUCAGGUCUCCAGGGGGCGAAUGAACCAGAACCAACAUUCAUGCAAAAGGCCAUGAGAGCGUUGUGCUGUGGUUGAGAUUAGCUGGUCAUGCUCAUCAGUUGUUGUGACUUGAAUCAUCCAUGAAAGCCUUCACAAUUCUAUGACUUGGCUCAUGUUGAAGUCUUUUGCUUUUACUUUCAGCAUAAGAUCUCGGGCCUUAUAAUACAGUAUGUGCAAAACACAGAAUGAUUCCUGUCAUCUACUGUUUUUUCGACAUCCUUGCAAUCGGUUUCAACGGGUUUGAUAUUAUCAAAGCAACGCUCUCUUUACGACGGCACGGCCAUGAUGGAAUUGCGUCUUGUUUUUGCAUUUUCUUCGUCUCUUGUUGCCUAAUCCUUGUUUCCAUUUUUAAGUCUGCACUUUUGCAUCUUUGGGAUGCCGUAUAAGAAGG